AUGGAUCGGAGUCAGGACAAUGCCCGGGAACUCUGGGACUGGGAGAAGAACCAAAUCCGCGUUUCUACCCCAGACCCGGAAGAGCUUAAGGAGUGGCAAAGGAAUCUACCGUUUAAGGUCGAGGACGUCUUCGACUUCAACAGUGGCCUCCGGGAGGGGGAUGUGGCCGAACCUCGCCCUCCACCGCCUCCGAAAUGCGACCAACUUGACGAGAUAGAAAAGGCGGCGAGCGAAGGAGACCUCUCCACGAUACAGCGCUUAUUCGAUCAAUUACGCGGUACAUCUGCUGGCGACUACUGGAUUCCACGGCAAACGAGCAGUCUAUUCCGUGCAGUUCGGAAUCGUCACACGGCUGUUGUCGAAUAUCUUCUAAGUCAGGGGUCUUCUCCGACAGUCGAACUUGCCAAAAUCGCCGCCGAGCAUAAUGACACGGCUGUGCUUGAAUGGUUUCUCAAACAUGGAUGGGAUAUUAACGAGCAGUUAGGAUGGUGUGAUCCCCCGGUACUUGGAUCAGUGGUUGAGAAUGCAUACUUAGUUACUUGGCUCCUCUCACACGGCGCAGAUCCAAAUGCCAGAUGCGUGUUGGAUAUAACCCCAUUGUCGUAUGCCGUUCACUCGGCACCGUUCGACGUUAUCAAGACGCUCUUCGCCCAUGGUGGCUCAAUUCAUAACGGACAGCUUCUCCACUUUGCCGCCGGUCGUAAGCUGCCAGCUCGCCUCGACGUGGUGACUUACCUCGUCGACCAGGGUGCACCUAUCAACGAGGUCAUGUAUCACCAUGACCAACCUUCGACUGACUUACAAUCCGGAGCCGGUCUCGGCACUCCCGUUCAUAGGGCAGCUGCGGAUGGGCACCUAGACGUCGUCCGAUAUCUAGUGGAGAAAGGCGCCAAUCUCACUAUCUUGGAUUCUCGUGGAAAGUCAGUCCUUCACCGCGCUGAAUUCUACAAGCGUCAAGAAGUGGUUGACUUUCUUCGUCACAUCUUGGCGGAAAGUUCGAACCCGCCUGCAUCGACGCAUUCUAUGGGAGAACCGGUUACUUCACGACAAGCCAACACGGGAAAGUUGCAUUUACAUCCACGCGAGAAAGCCAGCCGUAUUUGA